GGUUCUUAUUUCUUCUCUCAACUCUUGUUUGGUCAUAGCAAUUCGCACGUACGAAACCCAAACACACAAGCGAACUUUCGAUAAACAAAAAAUCCCUUUAGGGCACAAAACAAAGCGAAGAAACACUUCUUCUUCUUCUUCAACAAAAAAAAACCCCAAUUUCGCGGCUAAAUCAAUCGCUUCUACUGGUGGGUUUUUUUUAGGUCUUGGAAUUUGAGAGAAGGAGACCAAAUUUUAUCUUAGAUCUUCUUUAAAGAUUGAGAAUUUGGAUGAAGCUGGAUUUGGAAAUUUGGAUUUAGUUUCAGGUGGAAAUUUUGUUGGAAGAUGGGUUCAGAUCAAUGUUUUUCGAGAUUGAAUACACUUGAGAUUAAAGCCCUAAUUUAUCAGAAAAUUGGGUAUCAGAGAGCUGAUACUUACUUCGGUCAGCUCGGUAACUUCCUUACCUCGAGGAUAAGCAAGUCGGAGUUUGAUAAGCUAUGUAGCAAGACGGUUGGUAGAGAGAACAUUUCUCUACAUAACCGUUUAGUACGUUCGAUUCUCAAGAAUGCAAGUGUUGCUAAAUCUCCACCACCGAGAUAUCCGAAGAAAUCCGGAAAUGCGAAUCAAAGUCAGUCUCUUUAUGGGGAUUCUGCGUUCCCUCCUUCGCCGAGGAAAUGCAGGUCGAGGAAAUUUAGAGAUCGGCCUAGUCCGCUUGGUCCGCUUGGGAAGCCUCAGAGUCUCACUACUACGAAUGAUGAGUCAAUGUCAAAGGCACAAAGACUUCCAAUGGAAGUUGUCUCUGUGGAAGAAGGAGAAGAAGUUGAGCAAAUGACGGGAAGUCCGAGUGUGCAGAGCAGAAGCCCUUUAACCGCUCCACUUGGCGUUUCUAUCCAUCUUAAGAGCAGAGCUAGAAAGUCUAGUUUCAGUUCAUACAAUGGUAUCAACCGUGAUACUUGUCAAAGCAGCGGCGAGCUACCUGAUACAAUAACGUUGAGAGCUCGGUUGGAGAGGAAGUUGGAGAUGGAAGGGAUAAAGUUAUCUAUGGACUCUGCCAAUCUUCUUAAUAGUGGAUUGAAUGCAUAUAUGAGAAGGCUGAUCGAGCCUUGUUUGAGUUUAGCCAGUUCUCGGGUGAGAGAGAUGAACAGUCAACAAAAGCGAGCGGUGUCUAAUGUAUCAAUGUUGGAUUUCCGUGCUGCAAUGGAGUUGAAUCCCCGGGUUCUUGGAGAGGAAUGGCCUAUACAUCUAGAGAAGAUCUGUUACUGUGCUUCCGAAGAGUAAAGUUGUAGAAAAACGCCGUAAUUUAGCAAUACACCGAUAUCGUAUUUGAUUGACAGAUUUUAUACCUGUACCUGAGAUUCUUUCCUUGGAUUUGCGUGGAAUUGCAAUUAGAGAUUUCUUGAGGAAGCUUUGAAGGGAAACAAAGAUUCUUGGGGUUGUACAAGUUCUGAUAGAUAUAAUAUAGUUUAAAUACCCAUUUGUUUAGCAGAUAUCUGCACUUUUUUUCUGUAUUUUUUCCUCAUGUCUAAUGUAACAAAUUUUCCAUUAAAGCAAAAGAAAAUUUUAGCA